UCCACGUUCCGGUAUCCAGCGAAUUGCGUCCUUCCAACGUGUGCUUCUUCCAACUUAUCUCAAUACCGUAGACAGUGAAAGGAGCAUUUUCAUCAUUAUAAUCAUUGAAGAAAUCGACAUGACGAUUCCCAGACAGCCGGUGAAAUCGGUCGGACCGAUAUCUUCUUCUGGAACAAACACGUGUCCAAGUGGAAGGAGAUGUGAGUGGACCAGCACGAUUGAUAUGGCAGCCGACCUGUACGCGAAUGGAUCUGUGAAGUCAACGUCCGACAGAAUUACGGGCAGCAUGAGGCAACGUAAGACCGGCACGCUUGGCGCCGCGGCGCCUAUGUCUACAGAAGAAGGAUUGAAGUUUCAAGACAACAGGUUCUUGACGACAUUAGUACUCGGGAGAAAUAGGAAAAUCUCGCCAGACGUUUUGCCGUCGUGUUCCCCGGGUAUUUUCCGGCAAAAGUCGUUCGGCGCGUCGACACCGCCGAAGAACAACGCGGGCGCACCUGCGGCGAAAAAUCAUCAACGCGCAGGCGCGGAACCGCGAGAUCCACGUGAGCCGAAAGCACCUAACAGCGGUAGCGCACGUUUAAAGAGCGGCGUGUUACUUCUCGCGCGGGGCACCCGAGGCACCAGCAAGCACGCACGUCUUGGCACGACGCUGGCGAACAAAAUGGCGUCCUCGAGCUCUACCACGGUCGUGCAGGGCUGGCCGAACACCAAGGACGACUAUGAGCUCAAAGAGGUUAUUGGUGUUGGUGCAACCGCCGUAGUACACGCGGCAUUUUGCAUUCCUCGACAGGAAAAAUGCGCGAUCAAGAGAAUAAAUUUGGAAAAAUGGAACACAAGCAUGGACGAACUUUUGAAAGAAAUACAGGCAAUGUCCUCGUGCAAUCACGAGAAUGUGGUCACAUAUUACACGUCAUUCGUCGUGAAAGAAGAGCUUUGGCUCGUACUCAGGUUGCUAGAAGGUGGAUCCCUAUUGGACAUCAUCAAACACAAAACCAGAACUACAAACUGUAAACAUGGAGUGUUUGAUGAAGCUACAAUAGCAACAGUCUUACGAGAAGUACUCAAAGGCCUUGAAUACUUCCAUAGUAAUGGGCAAAUCCACAGGGACAUAAAAGCCGGUAAUAUCCUACUAGGAGAAGAUGGCACCGUGCAGAUAGCCGACUUCGGUGUCAGUGCCUGGUUAGCGACUGGUCGAGAUCUAAGCAGGCAAAAAGUCAGACACACGUUUGUGGGCACACCCUGCUGGAUGGCACCCGAGGUCAUGGAGCAGGACCAUGGCUAUGAUUUCAAAGCAGAUAUUUGGUCGCUUGGCAUCACUGCCAUCGAAAUGGCCAGUGGUACAGCUCCAUACCAUAAGUAUCCUCCAAUGAAGGUGCUGAUGUUAACUCUGCAAAAUGACCCACCAACUUUAGAUACUGCCGCCGACGAUAAAGACCAAUACAAAGCCUAUGGAAAAACAUUCCGGAAAAUGAUUGUCGAUUGCUUGCAAAAAGACCCAACAAAGAGACCAACAGCAACAGAACUGCUGAAACAUCCAUUCUUCAAAAAAGCAAAGGAUAAAAAGUAUUUGCAGCAGACUUUGGUAGCUUGUGGUCCUAGUCUCGAAACUCGAGUACAAAAGGCUUCAAAGAGACAACCCGGCACAUCGGGUCGUCUACACAGAACAGUUACAGGAGAAUGGGUUUGGUCUUCGGAAGAAGAAGACAGUAGCGCGUCUAGUGGCGAUGAGGGAAAAGAAGCUCUGCCGGUUAACACGAUCGAAAAUGCAUCUAGUACCGAAGAGGAACCAGAAGAGGAGUUUUAUGGACAAGUGAAGUCAGCACGAAGUCACAUUGUUGUGCAAGCCACCGAGCCGAAUGUUCCCAUAAACUUGGUGCUAAGAUUACGAAACCAGAAACGAGAGCUUAACGACAUCAGAUUCGAAUUCGCUGUUGGAGUAGAUUCUGCCGAAGGAAUCGCGGCGGAGCUAGUUGGUGCAGGGUUGGUUGACGGCAAGGAUAUCGUCGUGAUUGCUGCAAACUUGCAAAAACUCAUAGACAGUGCCGGCCAGUUGCGGACUGUAACGUUUUCACUGAAUUCUGGUCAUGCAGCGAACGAAGUGCCGGACGACAAGGCAUUAAUAGGAUUUGCUCAGAUCUCCAUCACCGAUUAAAGCAACACACGAAAGUUCUCGAAAUCUCUCAGGAUACCAUUCUUAAACGUCAGUUCAGAGAAUGGAAAGUAUCAAAAGCUGAUGGAUUCUCUCGAUAUCUGAGAAUUUGAGAAAAAAGAUUUACCAACUCUUAAACUCAAUUCUACCAAAAACAAUUCUACCAUUCGUUUUUUGCUUUCUCACGGCUUUUGCUACUUUCACUUCUUUAGUUCUAACCAUAAACAUAUGAAAUACAAACUACGAGUGCCAAAUGAAGAGUGUGAUCCGUAUUGGAAAAGAAAUGCCUAGCCCUCAGUUGAUAUUGUUGGAUUAUAGGAAACAAAGGUUAAUUUUAAGUCUGAUUAUAUUUAGUUUUAAAAUAUUUAAUUUAGAUUUGUGUAUUUUAUACUUUGCACGAUAUAUGUUAUUGAUGGUCUUUAUGACGUAAAAUAUACCAUAAAAAUUAGCGUGGAAUAUUCUGAAAUUAAGUAACUAAUCCUAAAGUUUUGUAGGUCAACUACAAUCGAAUAAUACCAAUUGAGGAUUAACGCGGUCAUCCUUUCCCUUUCUAGCAGAUAUUUAUUUCUAGCAGAUAAAAAAGGAAAGAGAGACCUCGUUAUUAAUUUCCAUCUCUUUCUCAAUGAACCCCAUUUUCUCAAUAAGGCAUUCGCGGUCUGUACUUCUUACAUACAUGGUUCA